UACCAGGUGGAUUUCACCUUGGUUUUUGAACGUAAAAAUUGUAAACAAACAAGUCGAAAAUAAUAAAUAAAGAGUAGACGGGAAGUCUAAGAUAUAUUGAACAUUUUUAGAUUUAUUCCCAUUUGCAAAGUGUAUUUUUAAAAAUGUUCGAUAUCUAAUUGUGAAAAUAAGAAUUUGAUGUUUUGUUUUUUGUAGAACGUAACCUAUAUAUGUUACUGGUGGAACGUCUAUUGAAAACUAUGGGCAGUAUUAAAAUCAUACAACUUUAUUACAAAUCUGCAGUGUUUGGAAGAUUGUUUGUAUAAUUAGAAAUUAUUUGUGUUGAGGACAUUUCUAUCCAUUGAGUGUCUCUAAAAAAACGCUAGAAAACAUGGAUCAAAUGUUACCGAGCCCUGGGUUUAGUAUACCCAGUAUAGGAACUCCUUUACAUCAACCAGAAGAGGAUCAACAAAUUUUACCCAAUGCACUGCAACAGCAGCAACAGCAACAAUACCAAUUACAACAAUUACAUGCUAUAAGUCCAAACAUGCAAAGUGGUGGAAUGCUUAUGAUUGGAACACCACAAAAGACCAUGCAUGCUUAUGCAACAACACCAACUUUUGCGACACCGCAAAGUCUCAUGCAGCCACAAACUCCACAAAAUAUGAUGUCUCCGUUAGUUCAAAAUAAUAAUAAUGUAGCACCUUCGUCAAUAGGACCAUCCACUCCUGGUCCCAUGACGCCUAUGACACCAGCUUCUGCUGAUCCAGGAAUUUUACCACAACUUCAGAAUAUUGUAUCCACAGUCAAUUUAAACUGUAAAUUAGAUUUAAAAAAAAUAGCCCUCCAUGCAAGAAACGCAGAAUACAAUCCAAAACGGUUCGCUGCAGUAAUUAUGAGAAUAAGGGAGCCAAGAACUACUGCUCUAAUAUUUAGUAGUGGAAAAAUGGUUUGUACAGGAGCAAAAAGCGAAGAGGACUCUCGGUUGGCUGCAAGAAAAUAUGCUAGAAUUAUUCAGAAGCUUGGUUUUCCUGCAAAAUUCCUCGACUUCAAAAUACAAAACAUGGUAGGCAGCUGCGACGUGAAAUUUCCAAUUAGACUAGAAGGCUUAGUGCUUACCCAUGGACAAUUCUCCUCGUAUGAACCAGAACUCUUUCCUGGAUUAAUAUACCGAAUGGUUAAGCCUAGAAUUGUCUUACUUAUAUUUGUUUCUGGAAAAGUAGUAUUAACAGGAGCAAAAGUUCGACAGGAAAUUUAUGAAGCAUUUGACAAUAUCUAUCCAAUUUUAAAGAGCUUUAAAAAACAGUGAUUCCAAUUUUCAUUACACAUCAACGCUAUGUUUUAAAUGAAUGAAACCUAGGUAAGAUAUCUUGGUUUCUGUCCUGAAUAUCAACAGAAUAAGUUUUGUUAUCAGUUUCUAUAUAGCAGUAAAUGAGUUUUUAAGAAGAUUAAAGUAUAAAAUGAAAAAUAUAUAUGAAGAUGACA